CGCGGUUUGCGUCUGGAGCGGCUCCUUGGAGUCCACAGCAUCCGAGCCGGAGCCUCGCCUUCCUUUCUCCCUCUGCAGACAUCCGGACACAAAAAGAGAAGCGACCCCGGGACCAGCGCGAGGCACCCACCCGCACCAUGACCGAGACCACCAAGACCCACGUUAUCUUGCUUGCCUGCGGCAGCUUCAAUCCCAUCACCAAAGGACACAUUCAGAUGUUCGAAAGAGCCAGAGAUUAUCUGCACAAAACGGGGAGGUUUAUUGUGAUCGGCGGCAUCAUCUCUCCUGUCCACGACUCCUACGGAAAACAGGGCCUUGUGUCGAGCCGGCAUCGUCUCGUCAUGUGUCAGCUGGCCGUCCAGAAUUCCGAUUGGAUCAGGGUGGACCCGUGGGAGUGCUACCAGGACACCUGGCAGACGACCUGCAGCGUGCUGGAGCACCACCGGGACCUCAUGAAGCGGGUGACUGGCUGCAUCCUCUCCAAUGUCAACACACCCUCCAUGACGCCCGUGAUCGGACAGCCCCAGAACGACAACCCCCAGCCUAUUUACCAGAACAACAACGUGCCCGCCAAGCCCACGGCAGCCAAGAUCUUGGGGAAGGUGGGAGAAAGCCUAAGCCGGAUCUGCUGUGUCCGCCCGCCCGUGGAGCGCUUCACCUUUGUGGAUGAGAACGCCAACCUGGGCACGGUGAUGCGGUACGAGGAGAUCGAGCUGCGGAUCUUGCUGCUGUGCGGCAGCGACCUGCUGGAGUCCUUCUGCAUCCCCGGGCUCUGGAAUGAGGCAGAUAUGGAGGUGAUUGUUGGGGACUUUGGGAUCGUGGUGGUGCCCCGGGACGCAGCCGACACAGACCGAAUCAUGAACCACUCCUCGAUACUCCGCAAAUACAAAAACAACAUCCUGGUGGUGAAGGAUGACGUCAACCACCCCAUGUCUGUCGUCAGCUCCACCAAGAGCAGGCUGGCCCUGCAGCACGGGGACGGCCAUGUGGUGGACUACCUGUCCCAGCCCGUCAUUGACUACAUUCUCAAGAGCCAGCUGUACAUCAACGCCUCGGGCUAGCGGCCGCACAGCCCCCUGCUCCACGCUCCCCUUGUCCUCCGCCAACACACUGGCCCCUCCGGUCUCCGUCAGCCCCCUGUUUCUCGCCUGCCUCUCUGUUUCUCCAUCGCCUCAUCUUGACUGUUCUCCCCCUGCACCCCCCACAGUGUGGGGACCCGCAGGGCGCCACGGCGUCCCUUGUUCCGCAGUCAUCUUUGGACAAACUUUCCUCUAGUUUCCGGGUUGGGGGUGGGUGAGGGAAUGGGGGUGGGACUCGGGGGGAAGUGCAGUCCUUGGAGAUGUGCUGGUGUCCAUCUCCCAGCAUGCUCUAGGGAGUGGCUCUGGUGCCCAUCCUCCCAGCAUGCUCUGGGGAGGCGGCUCUGGCUCUCGCCUUCCCAGCAUGCCCUUUACCACAAAGGGCUAUUUUUUUUUUCUUUUUUGUUUUUUUGUUUGUUUCAUUUGAUUUCGAUUCUUGUUGUUCACGCCUCAGAGAACUUGGAUGGAAUCAGUGUCCGCAGUUCUUUACGUUUGUAGCCUCGAUGCAGUCCUGCGGGGUCACUUCCCCGCGAUAGGAGGCCAUGGCCAGCCUCGGCACAGCAAGUGCACAGGGGCCACGAAGGCCAAGCCACCUCCACUUUCCCUCCACCCUCCACCCUCCUACCUACUCACCCCUCACUUUCCCUCCAACAGCAACAGCAGCAGCAGCAGCAGCAGUCUGGGGUCAAGUGUGAGACUUUCAAGUUCUGAAACUGGGGAGGCAUGUCUGGGAACAGUAGGGUUUCUUAGAAGAAUUUGAGUCCAUUUCCUGAGUUUCAGAAGACCCUUUUUCCGAGGCUCUGGGCCUGGGCCCCCACAGAGCCAGCCCAUCCCCUCCUCCUGUCCAGUUCACAUCUCUGGGCUGUGACUGAUGGCGGGGUGUAGGUUCCCUGCCAGCCAGGCAUUUCCAGGGAUCCUUCGGGUCACCGUCUCAGCCAGCGGUGGCCAUACCUAGCUGCAUUCCUGUAUUUGAGAGGAACCCCACGUGCAAGACCAAGUCCUAGUAAUGCAGUCGUUUCUGAAGUCAAACAUGCUAGGGAUUCACUCAUCCUUAGAGAUCCGUGCUAAUUGCAAUUAUUUGUUGCCUGUUUAGUCGGGACUUGUCUGUGUCAUAAGGUGAGUCCAGGAUGACGCAGGGGAGAGCAGUUUGUUGCCCUGAUUGAAACCGAUGAUCCCCACCCCCUUGAACUGCGGUGACACAGGCAGUGCCCUCACGAGGUCCGGGCUUUCUUGAGAAGCAGGGCUGGGCCUUGUUUCGGAGGCUGGGCUUAUCUCCUGCUGGGCCCUGCAGCCCCGUCACUGCCUGAGGGGACCUGCCUGGCCGGGGAGUGAGCUCCCGGAAUGAGGGUCGUGAGGGAUGUUGAGAGACCGUGAGGGACAUUGUGAGCCACUGCGGUUUCACCCCUUUUCUCCCUAACUCCCCACCUCCCUCCACUGUCCCUGGAAACAGUAUUGACAGAUUCCGUUCCAGUUGUUCAGGGCCCACGCGUGUCCUACCUGGAGAGCCAGAAGGAAAUUAUUCUCUCAUGCUGUGUGUCUCACCCAGCCUCUGGCUCGUGGGUUUGCAGGUGUUUUUGAGGAAUGGUCCCCGAGCAGCAGGACAAUUUUAUCAAAAGCUAGUACCAGCUAUGGCCCAGGAGGGGUUGGGUGGGAUCUAACACCGGGAACAACCGUCUUCACCACACACGUCACGUGUGCCACCUCCUUGGGUCACCCCCCGGGAAGGAACCGGGGUCAGCAGAAGAGCACGGGCAGGGCAGCUCCCAGGAGGGUGUGAUGCCACUUGGGUUAUGGAAAUAGUGUGCAGAGGAAGGGGGGAAGAUUCUGCUCUCGGGUCUCGGUGUUUGGCUAAGGGUCACGGAUUCAUAAAUGAAAAGAACUUUAGAGAUGCGUUGAUUCCACAUUCUCCUUUACAAGAUGAGGGAGCAGAGGGCCCCUGAGUUAAAUGGCUGGUCCCAAGUCCCAGCAAGUUCGGAGCCCAGCAAAAAGAUACCAUUUCCCUGACCCCUAGUAUCACAUCCGGGGCUUCUGCUCCUCCGGUUCCCGUGAUAUUGACCAGCUAAUAUGUGGUUUCUGUGCUCGUCUCAGCUUUGCCUGGCAUCUUGCUCUUAAAGUAUAUCUGGCCCAGGCGCCUCCUAUAUAUAUGGCUUUGUCUGUGGCAGUCCUGGGGACAAAUGUGAUGGUGAGGAAGGCCGGAGCUGGGUUUCCCUUAGAAGUCAAGAAAUCUCAGCAGCUUGGAGGAAAUCCUAGAAAGUGACUCUCUGAAUCCAAGAAAGGGGUGCUUUGUGGAAGGCUAAGAAAGACCCAGAAUGCUGAAGGUGAGACUAGUGUUGGGGCAGAAAGACAGAAGAGCCUUUGUCUAGGCGAAGAAACAAAGGAACAGCGGGCACUGGGUUCCCUGGGAGAGCACGGCGGCAGCCUCAGGGACCUGGAGCUCGUGGGGAGUGUUUGUCGUGAGGAUCCACCUGAGCAGAUCUGAGAAAGACAGGGUGUCUUCGGGGUCUCCAGUCCACUCUGCUACUCUGCUGGACCUUGUGGUCAAGCCCCACUUAGCCCACAGCCCACGAGGGAACUGGGCCGCGCCACGCACUCAGUGUGGGGCUGGGAAGGCCCAGAGGAAGGGAGAGGAGAAAGACAGGGGCAGUAGAAGCAGAGUUCUAGGAAAGAAGUGGGGUGGCUCUUGGUACAUCACAGGGAGCGUGUUGUAGCAGCUUUCCUUUCGGACGAGGAAAAGGGAAGCGAGUCUCCUUCUGGGUAGAUCUGCCCAUCCCCCAUCCUGGACCAUUCUUCCAGUUUGCUAGGGGGAGGUCCGAACCGCUCUCAGUCCAGGGCAGGACACUGUGACCCAGCCAGAAAGAGGAUUCAGAGUUUGAAGUAGUGCCCCAGGUGCCCAGAGGCUAACCCCCAGGCCCUGGCUCCCCCUCUGGGCCCUGCCCCUUCCUACAAAGCCCAACCCAAGGCCGGCCUGGCUCAGGGAUUGUGGGAAAUGCGUGGGCUGGAGUGAUCACACCAAGGGGGGUCUGGAGCUGAGCCUUCUGCCCACCAAUAAAAAAGUCCCUCCCGUUUUUUCUGAAAGUGGCUGAGAUAAGUGAGAACAGGCUGAGGGAAAAACCCUUUGAAGUGUCAAGGACUGUCUCUUCAAGGAAUGGCCCUCAGGGGCAGUCUGCUGCUAGCUGGUACCUCAUAUGCCACCCCCUACCCCCCGGCAGCCUCUCUUGCUUUCAUUUUCCUGAAUGUACAGAGGAACAGGGGCGGGAAGUCUCCUACUGAAGUGCCUGAUACCCAGAGCUAGAGCUUCUAGAGACACCAUCCUUCCUGUCUCAGCCCGACCUACCUUUCCCCAGCAUUCUCGGGUCUCAGGCUCCAGCUUCUCAAAAAGAAUAAAAGAAUUUGCUGUUGUACUUAAGUAGAAAGCGAGACUCAAUAAUCAACCUACAGCAAAGGGCAGGGAAUUACAGGGAAAAACGGCUUGUAUCUUAACAGCCCGAAUCUAUUCAUCCAAACUACACACACACUCUUUAGCGGACUAAGACAGAGAAGCAUGUUACGUUUCAUUCAUCAGAAGAGUGAUGCAAACGUCAAUCCAAGGAAUAGGAAAAGCUCAGGAUCUCUCCCACGGCUACUGCAGGAAGGUCGACAGAGGAGGUGGAAAGGCUGGAAACAGGGACCAGUUUGUAGCUCAUCCAAUUAGGACACCUGAGGAGUAGCAUUGAGGAAAUGCUGGUGGAGAUGCUGUGUCGAAUUUGCCCAGUCUGCACCUCCCUAGAGCUGCUCGGUGACCUGGGCAGGUCACGUGGUUUCCCCGUCACGUAAGUCUGGAGUGUCCUACUAACCUGUUCCAAUCAGGGCUGAGUCACGCUCUUCCCUCUCAGUCCCAGGGUCCAGAGCGCCACUUGAUCUGGGAAGUCUUAAGGAUUGGCGUGGGGAGGGGGAAGCUUUUUUUAAACCACUUUUUGGUCACUCAAGCUGCCAUUUUAAGAGUAAGAUUUGCUUUCCGGAAACCAAUUCAUUCAAUAAAAACUACAUUCGAGUUGCAACACCAUUUCACAGUGAGAUAUUUUGAGUAAAAUUUUGUUGCUUAGACUAGUCAGAUGAAAGUUUUAUCAGCAAUGUUACAAUUAUGUUAAUAAAUUAUACAAUGCUACUAGAGCCUCGUGUCCUGGUCUAGAAUCUUCUCUGUGGGCUGUGGAAUUGAUCUCUUUUUCUUCAUAGGCCUAUGAGACAGGAGGCAACAGUUGUAAAAAGUUCUUAGAGCAGGAGAUUCCUUCUGCCUGGUUUAGCUGAUGACGUGUGUGUGAGUAUGAACAUAUAUGCGACACACGUAAGGAUCAUAAGCAGGGAAGAAAAAUUAGCAAUUUUGUGAAUUGUGCCUAAGUUUUCUCAGUUAAAAAAAAUAACAAAUCUUAUAGAGUCCACCUAAUCUGCAUAGUCUGGUAUUGGUUAGCUUUGGCUCCUUAAUAAAAUUAGGUCUUUACAAAAUAAAAAUAUAUUUCUGAAAACUAAAAACCUGAAUAACUUUUUUGGCAUAAAAGAUCUUAAGCAAGACCAAUUAUGAAACUCAUACAUUGUUUUGGCAAGGUAAAAAAA